CGCUUUUCCAGAAACAUUGUCUGACACACAUCAUAUAUUUGGCCACCAUGGUGGGCAGACUCUUCAGAAACAUGAGGCAGAACCUGGACUUCUGGAGAAAUAAUGUUUACAUAAAUGACAACGUGCUGCAGGCGGCUCAUGAGUUUGGGGUGGUGAAAGUCGUUUCCUGUCUGUCUGCAUGUAUUUUCCCUGAUAAAACCACAUACCCCAUAGAUGAGAGCAUGUCGGAGAGGAAGAUGAGGUGUCUAUUAGCUGCAGACGCUGUGAUCGAAGUGCUGGAAGUCAAGUGA